AUGGGCAUUCCAAACGACCAACCACCUCCCUUCACCCCAGGAUCCCCGCCCGCCACCACCAGCAGCCAAAACAACAACCCCCCAACCACCACCACCACCACCACCACCACCACACCCGCCGACGACCCACCUCCCUACGACCCCCCCGCCUACAACGCCCGCCCGGACACCACCGCCCCCGACCCCGACGCCGUGCUCGACCCCUGCACACUAGUCAUCCACGGCCGCUUCAUCUACCCGAUCCUGCCAUCCGGCGAGCCCGACUCCGAGCCCGUCUACCAGCUCUCGCGCGCCAUCCACGAGCAGGGCGCCGCCGCCGAGCGCAUCGAGUUCCAGCGCCUGGACCUGCGCAUCCGCAACAACAAUCACGACGAUCCGGACGCGGUGGCGGUGGCGGGCCCCUCCCUCGCGCGCCGCGCCAAGGACGUCUACUGGCUCGAGCACCGCAAGCCGCUGCCGCACGCGGGCAUCCCCUUUCAGGCGUGGCUGGAGCCACAGACGAGGAAGGCGCUGGGGAAGAUGGUCGUCGAGAAGAGUCCGGUUUUUCGGCAUGGCUAUCGCGCGGUGAAGGUGGUCUCGGAUGCGGAAAAGAGGUGGUUGGAGAGGGAGGGGAAGAAGGUGAGGAAGGGGGAGUAUUACUUUGUGGUGAAGGAGGGGGGCGGGAGGGAUUGGGAGUGGAGUGAUGCUGAGGGGAGGGCGGUGGCGGUGCAAGCGAGGGAGGCGGUGGAGGGCGCGGAGGAGGUGUUUCGGUUGAGGGUUCUGGUGCCGUUGGCGCGGAGGUCGCGGGAUAGUUUGGUGGCGCUGUGGUGUUUGUGGAUGUGGCAUAUCCGGAUCGAGGAGAAUAUCCCCAAGAGGACGUGGGAGGACCGCAAACGGAUUAUGCAGAUGCCGAGGAUAUAUCCGAGUCCGACGCCGUUGGGUAGGUAG